AUGAGGUCCUGGGUGGAGCUGGAGAUGAAUGGAAACACUCAGCAGCAGAACCCCAGCUUGCCCUCGCUGCUGGGGAACGGGAACCAAGGCGAGUCCCAGGCUUCACAGGCCCUGGAGGCCGUGCAGGAGGAAGAGGAGGUCCUAACAGGAGGACUGGAGCACGUGCCUUCCUCCUCCUCUAUCCAUAACGGAGACAUGGAGAAAAUCCUACUGGACGCCCAGCACGAGUCCAGCCCCAGCAGCUCGUCCUGCAACAGCCCACCACGACCACACAGUCCUGACCAGGAUGAGGGGCAGAUCAUGUUUGAUGUGGAGAUGCCCAGCGAGAGAGACUGUCAGUCAGAAGAUGAUAGUCUGGAGAAGGACAAAGAGGAUGAUAUCCUCAUGAAUAAAGGGGAGAGUUGGGUGGCAGACUGGUCCAGUCGACCAGAGAACAUUCCCCCAAAGGAAUUCCACUUCCGCCACCCAAAGCGUUCUGGAUCGGUGUCUCUGAGCAUGAGAAAGACAGGUGCUAUGAAGAAAGGUGGCGUGUUCUCCGCCGAGUUCCUCAAAGUGUUCAUGCCCUCGCUGCUGCUCACCCACAUCCUGGCUCUGGGACUGGGGGUCUACAUUGGGAAGAGGUUGACUACACCCUCCACCAGCUCAUUUUAAAACUGAACAGACCCCAGUGCCUGGACGCCCCAUCAUGAGCAACGGUGGCACAGCAGUGGCCAAUCGUGUGAUGAUUCCUCUCUCUCUCUUUCUCUCAUUCUCUCCCCCUCUCUGUCUUUCUCUUUAUUGUUUCUUUGAGCCCACAGUCCUGGUUUCCCAUCACACCCUCUGCUGGGAGACAUUGUGCUUGUUGACCUUUGGCUGUGUCGCAGUUUCUUGCCCUCUAACGCCGUGGCUUACUAACAUGUUUUAGAUGUUUUUAUUUGGACAUGUAGUGAAUUAUUCACUGACGUUUAUUUUUUAUGACACGCUAUUAUACAAGCUAGAGCCCCACUACAACAACGGCCAUAUUACCCUUUUAUUUCUGCAUGACGCACUUCAUAUGCAACUAAUGCAGAGUCUGGAUGUGGCCGGGAAUCUUGGGAGUAUAUUGACUCUUAAUAGGAAAUUUAGUUUGUUCAAAAAUGAGAGUGGUGAUAUUUGAUUCUAGAGAAGUGAUUCUAGAGAGAUGAUUUUGCUCAUUAUGCUGCGCAAUUGAAUUCAUUCACUCCCCUUCCUGAGCGACAGCAUCAAAAAUGCAUGUUAGUCAUAGGAGAACGACGACUGGUUAAAGACAGACCAAGUCAAUCUUUACGUAUGUCAGUGCACUCGCUGCAUUGCGUUGGACUGUUACGACAGUUAUUUUGAGACUUGUAUUGCAUAGAAUGUAAACCUUUAGAGGUUCCUCUCAGUUCUGUUUUAGGCCCUUUUCUGUUUGCUCUUCACUUCUGUAAAGAUCCAAUAUGACAGGCACAAAACUGAAGCAUCACUUUAUAGCAGCAUUAUAGUAUGAAAAUAUAUAAGUAAAUGACAAAUUUACAUUAACAAUACAUGUUUUUCUAAUCGAAAGACCUUAAGCUAAAAAGAUCAGCAUGGACGUACAUCUGUUUAAGAGCCAAACUUGUCGGGUUAGUCGUUUUUGUGAGUUACUAGGGAAGCUAAACACACACAAACUCACACGCUCUGGUUUGCCUUGAUGCAUAUCCUGCUCACUGCAGUUUCUGACUGUGUAUCUUAGUGCCAAAGGGUUUCCACCGCCAACCCAACAUGAGUCGCUUGCACCUCUCGUAGACUCAGUCUGGUUUGAGUGGAUUAUUUAUCCUGUCAGUCACUCCAUUUUGACAACACCUUACAAAGGCCUUUGGUUUUACUGUGAACAGCCUGUGGAUGUUAGGCAUAGUGUUGCUAUAGUUGUGUAUUAUACGCCGUUGUACGUACUUUUGUCAAACAGAUCCACACUCCGUGUACAUAUUUAUAUGCAAUGUGGUGUAGUUUUACAGAUAAAACUACUCAUUUAGAAGACUUUAACAGGUUUACACUCACUGAUUUACUUGUCACGAACAUGCCCAGGUCAUAUUUCAUCCCAUCUGAGUGAUUAUAUUUUCAUUUAUAAAGAAUUAAGCCAGGUUUUAAAACCAUUAAGACAUCUGAGGCAUUAUUUUCAUGACAAUUAAGCACAUUUUCUCAUUACCAUAAUUAAAAAAGUUAUUUAUAUUUUAACAUAUUUAUACAUCAUGGUUAAGUUCAUUGCACUGCCCUUGCAUUUAUACAGCUUUUGAUUUAAAAAAAUCGUAUAUCAGUA